CGUUACAUCAAACAUAUGGCUAAUAGAAACGGAGAAUCUUCUUCACAGCCUUCUCAGCAGGUCCAGACACAACAACAGCAGAAUAAUGCUCAUGAACAAGACCAAGAGCAUCAUGGUGACACCUGUAGUUUUCCUCCUGCACAGUCUGGAAACGCGGACCCUCGUUCCCGUGGUGGCAACACGGUAUUCAAGAGUGGACCGCUGUAUAUAUCCUCAAAAGGGCUUGGGUGGACAUCUUGGAAGAAAAGAUGGUUUAUCUUGACGCGUACUUCACUGGUUUUCUUUCGAAGUGACCCGAGCGCAGUCCAACAGAGAGGAGGUGAGGUCAAUUUAACCCUUGGGGGAAUUGAUCUCAACAGUUCAGGCAGCGUGGUUGUUAAGGCAGAUAAAAAGCUGUUGACUGUUCUCUUCCCUGAUGGUCGUGAUGGACGUGCCUUUACACUCAAGGCUGACACUAUGGAGGAUCUACACGAGUGGAAAGCUGCUCUAGAACACGCUUUGACACAAGCACCUAGUGCUUCUCAUGUUAUGGGUCAAAAUGGUAUCUUCAGGAAUGAUCAAUCAGAUGCCCCUGCCGGUGUUGAUGAACAUAGAGAUGAGGCACCAGCAAGACCAACCGUACUUGGAAGACCAGUUUUACUUGCUCUGGAAGAUGUUGAUGGAACUCCAUCUUUCUUGGAAAAGGCACUUAGAUUUGUUGAAGAUCAUGGAGUCAAUACAGAAGGAAUCUUGAGACAAGCUGCUGAUGUUGAUGAUGUUGAACACCGAAUCCGCGAAUAUGAACAAGGGAAAAAUGAGUUCGCUCCAACAGAGGAUGCACAUGUUAUUGCUGAUUGUCUUAAGUAUUUUCUCAGAGAGUUGCCUUCCUCUCCAGUACCUGCAUCUUGUUGCAACGCCCUUCUGGAAGCUUGCCGUACUAUCCGUGGCAGUAGAGUCAAUGCUAUGCGUGAAGCAAUCUGUGAAUCCUUCCCUGAACCAAACCGACGCCUAUUACAAAGAAUCCUGAUGAUGAUGCAGCUUGUGGCCGCUAACAAAAAUGUGAACCGGAUGAACACGAAUGCUGUUGCAGCUUGUAUGGCACCUUUACUACUUCGACCUCUUCUGGCUGGGGACUGUAAUAUUGAAAAUGAUUUUGACGUGGGCGGUGAUGGCUCUAUGCAACUUUUGCAAGCAGCUGCUGCAGCCAAUCAUGCUCAGGCUAUAGUGAUUACAUUGUUAGAAGAGUAUGACAGCAUUUUUGGAGAAGGUUCCUUGUCAGCUGGAUUGUACUCUGACUCAGAAGAGAGUGGUAGUGAAACGGAGGAGGGAACAGAUGAUGGAGACUAUGAUGAUGAUGAAGACUAUGAUGGCACACAAGGAUCUGGUGACUACACAGAUGAGGAAGAGGAUCUUGAAAAUGAAUCCCAGGGAUCAUACAGUGGGAGUGAAGCCUCAGAUCCUGAUGACCACCAUAAAAUAACUGAAAUUACAAGCUCUGAAUCCACCCCAAAAGGAAGUGUGGAGGCCCAAGUUCCUAAGAAGCUUUUAUCCAGCUCUAAACGGUCUUCACUACCGCGGCAUGAUGAUGCAAGAAAGGAUAGUGCAGAGGUAAAGGCUGCGUUAGAGGUCUCAAAAGCUGAGGAUAAGAACUCAUCAACAUUAGCAAAUGCACCAGCAGGAGGAAGUAAAAGACUCUGGGGCCGUGCCCAUGGGAGGAAGAACCUCUCUAUGGAAUCUAUUAAUUUCACAUUGGAGGUGGAGGAGGACGAUGCUGAUAUUGAAAGACUUGAAUCAACCAAAGAAGAGCUACAAAACAGAAUCACAGAGGAAGUUAAAAACAACGCAGUACUACAAGCUAGUUUGGAGCGACGGAAGAAAGCCUUGCAUGUGAGGCGUCAAGCUCUAGAGAAAGAUGUGGAAAGACUACAAGAACAGUUACAGCAAGAGAGAGACAGGAAGUUAGCUCUGGAAGCAGGCCUGAACAUGUCCAGAGAGAAUCAAACUAUUCCAGAAACAACAGAUGAAAAGUUGAAGAAAGAUCUGCAAGAGGUAGCUCAGGCUGAGGAUGAUAUAGCCAACUUGGAAGAUAAGGUUGAUGAUCUUGAGAAUAGACUUGGUCAACAAGACGUUAAAGGCUCUGGUUCACCGCAUGGUGGCCGCAGAGAAUCUCGGACAAGUCCAGAGCACAAUGCAAAGAAGAAGGAGAAGCAAAAGGAUACAGAAGAAGCCUCUGGUAAUAUUUCAGAAAGGUCAAUGCUCAAGGAUGGGCAAGGGUCUGAUGCAAGAGAGAAUGAGAUAGAGAAUAUACAAGAUCCACGUAGCAAAAGCUCACAACAAAGCUCAAAGCUUGCAGGAAUGUCUAAGAGGUCUGGCACAAGGGGAGAGGGAAACACAACAACAACAAUUUCUGCACUUUCCAAAUUGACAAUGCGGCUCAACUUCCUCAAGGAGAGACGGAGUCAGAUAGCUAACGAGCUCUCAAACAUAGACAAAGGAAAAGGCUCAGGGCAACCCAGUCCAUCUUCGACGCAAAGCCAAAAUGUGCAGGAAACUGAAAGAGAAACAGAGUCCAAGUUGAACGAGGAUUCAGACGACAGCAAACUCCAAAGCCCGCAUGUUCUUGACAGAGGAAGAUCCGACAACGGAGGAGACAGAAGCAGAGGAGGAGGAGGAUCUGAAGGAAACCAACCCAGCACUACACCUAGGACCUUGUCCAGAUGACUCUUUAUUAGAGCUGCUCCACAUGUACAGACAACCAUUUAACUCCAGGUCUAUCUAUAUGCUUAUUCAUUCACUUCUCUUGCUUCAAAGACCAAAUAAACUUACACUUUUUGUUUGCGUUCUUGAUUGUGCUUUGGAUCUUUUAUUGGUAGUGCCAUUGACAGCAGUAUAGAAACAAAAAUUGAAUUGUAUGUAAACAACAAUGCUUGAACAAAAAUUAAAUAAUCAUUCCUAUCAAUGCUAGUAUUCUUCUU